AUGACUGCUGAUAAUUAUGACUAUGUGGAAAGUAAUAUCAAAAUUGAUAAAUUAAAUGAUCUAAAUUCUGGAAAUUAUUCCAAACAAUCAAUACAACGCGCUAUUGUAAUAUUUCUAACAACAAAUGAAUUACAAUCAUUCAGUCAACAAUACAAACAAUUGGAUAAUAUUUCAUUACAAGAUGUUGAUAUUCUAUCCAUAAGUCACAAUGGUACCAUUUUUUAUCGUUUUCUUCGGAAAGUAGCAGAAUACAAGUACACGUCACGUGAACAGUCUAUAUUAUUUGCAGCUACUGCAAUUGGAGCAUUAUUUGCCAUUCUUCCAAUAAGUUUUAGCAUUCAGCAUUAUGGAAUAAGGAAAACAUUUGCUAUUGUUAUGUUUAUUUCCGGAUUAUCGACAGCAUUAUGUCCCUUAGCUGCUUCCUUUGGUGUCAGCUUUUUAACUAUCAGUCGAAUUUUACAAGGAAUCGGAUUUGCAUCUUGUAUGCCACUAAUUGGUUCAGUAACAUCCACUUGGGCAAAACUUACCGAAAAUGGAUUAUUUAGUGGAGCACUUACAAGUUUCAUUCAGCUUGGCCCUGUGAUAACAAUGCCAAUGUCUGGCUUUUUAUGCUCAACAAGCCUAGGAUGGCCAUCAGUUUUUUAUGUCCAUGCAACAAUAACGUUAAUAUUUCUUGUAAUAUGGUGGAUUUUAUACAGGGAUCAACCAAGUGAUGCUCGCUGGAUUUCCGCUUCUGAGUUAAAAUUGGUAACUGAUGGAAAAAGUGAUAAUAAAGUAAAACGAAGUGAAGAUAAGUUACCAAUUCGUGAAAUUUUCCAAACAACAUCAGUUUGGGCUAUUUGGAUUGCAGCUAUUGGUAAUAUGUAUAGCAUUCAAAUGGUCGUUGUUUUUGCUCCAACUUAUAUAAGUCAAGUUCUUGGAUUACCCAUUGUAAGUGUUGGUUUAACCGCAGCGUUACCAACAUUAUUGCAGUUUGCAGUUAAAAUGUUAGCCGGUACUGCAAGUGAUAAAAUUACAUCACUUAGGGAAACUACGAAGGUUCGGUUAUUUAAUACUGUAGCAUUCCUUGGUAUGGGUAUUUUUCUUAUUGCCUUAGCAUAUACACCGGCAAAUCGAACAAUUGUAGCACUUUUUUUCCUAAUUAGUUCAACGACAAUUCUUGGCUUCAAUACCGGUGGUUUUUUCAAAAGUUGCACAUUGGUAGGUCGACAGUACAGCUACUUUGUCAAUGCCAUCGUACAGGUGAUAAUGUGCAUAGCAAUGUUAACGGUACCAUUUAUUGUAACCUCAUUAACACCAAAUGGUCUCUCAGACGAAUGGUACCAUGUAUUCAUCUUGCAUGCUGGUUUUCUAUUCAUAACGAAUGUAAUAUUUUGUAAACUUGGAAAGGGUACUGCAGCUGCAUUCACAUGUUCUAAUGGGAUAUCAACUGAAAAUACCACUGGCGAACAGUUGAAACCAGUAUUCUUGUAA